UUAUGUACUCCUUUCUACCGUAUAUACGUGUUUCCGGUAAAACAUUUCUUCUUCUUGCGAUAUAUAAAUCGAUAUAUUAUAGCGAUAUAAUAAUAGUAAUAACAACCCUAUCUUUGCGAUAUUCAUAAUUUUUUUUACAUACCAUCUUAAAAUAAUUCAAAGAGUUUUCCCAUCUAAUUAGACCGUCUGCAAAAAUGAGUCUGAAAACAUUAGAACUUAAACCAGACCGACUUCUAAUGGACUCAAAUUUUGAUGGAUACAAGUUGUCCCUAGACGACUUAAAUGUCUCAAAAAAAACCCUUGAGAUCCCAAUAGACCGAACGGUUUUAGCUUCCAGUCAGUAUGGCUUAUUGCAUGCAAAACUGUUUGGAUUGCACAACAGCCUUUUUGGAGACAGAUUUGAUAAUUUUACAUCAGUGUAUUUUGUCGAUCAGCAGUUUAAAAUGCAAAAAAUUUAUGUGGAUCCAGAUACAAAUCAGCUUGUUGACCCAAUUGAAGUGUUUACUAUCCCCAAACUCCGAGAGAGGACUAAAGGAGACUAUAACACCACCUUAUGCUUUGCAAGUCCGGCAUAUGCAGUAUGUUCGGAUGGUAUGGGCACAUUAUUGAUCCUAGCCACUAGAGAUAAGAAAGAUGAUGAUACUUUUGAAUUAUUGUAUUCUGAAAAAGUUCUGGAUAAUCAACAAGGUUAUGUCAUUUCCGAUGCUAUGUAUAACAAAGAUACCAGUCAACUUCAUGUUUUACUUCUGAAUAUUGAAGAAGAUGCCUUAAAUAGGUUUGUUUCCGUCAUACAUUGGUUAACUUUUAAGCAAGAAGAAAAUGUGGACGGCAACAAGUCCUGGGGUCAAGUGGCAUUAAGGCAAUUAAAAACCAGAGGGGAAGUGCAAUAUUUGCACCUGGAGAAAAAUGGGGAUCACAUUUAUGUGGUUUCAGAAAAUAAUAUUGAAUUUGUUCUGAAUUCUGAGCACCCAAUACAAGAUGAGCCAAGUAAUAACUCGGAAAAAAUAUACCAAUGGUCACAAAAUAUUGAAGAAAUAACAGUUAAAGUUUCCCUACCAAAAAAUGCUCAGAAGAACCUGGUAAAGGUUCUAUGUGAACGUUCUAUGCUAAAGGUUUCUUAUAAUGAUGAAACUUUAGUGUCAGGUGAGCUUGAAGGGUUUAUAGAUGCCUCAUUGAUGACAUGGGAAUUGAACGCUGAACAACUUUUAAUAAUCGAACUACAUAAGGUUGAGGGUGGUCCAUUUUGGACGGAACUAAUUAAAGGUGACACCAGGGGUACAUAUGUGCUUGACACAUGUAUUAUUGAUCAGGCAAAUGAAACUUUGCAAAAGUAUACUUCAGAGAAUACUGAAAUUCCUCCAACAGGAACAACCUUUAACUCACAACAAAUUGAAGAGUGUGACUUUGAAACUGAUAAAUCCGAGAUAUUUGAUAGAAUUAGUGGGGUUACAAAUGAGACAACUCAUAGGAUUCAUCUGGGGUCCCAUCAGGUUAUUUUGAGUCCUUAUAUUACUUCUGAGUGGCCUCCUGCACUAGGAAUAAGGCAUGAUGUAGAUGUUUGUAUAUGGCAACCACUUUUAGAAGGAGACAAUUUUACUUGUAAACAUGAAGGCACACUUUUGGCAUUUGGCUAUGUUCAGGCUUCAAAAACAAACCGAAAGUUCGUAACCUGCUCCCCGAAUCUAAAUUAUGCGGUAGUGAGCGAAUCUGCGGGCCAUAUUUUCAUUUAUAGACAAAACAGACCGUUGUUGUCCAGCGAGCUAAGGCACAGAAGUAGCGGAAGGAGAGUUAAAAGCAUGGCCCAGCAACAAGUUUUCAACUUACCUAAUCAAGAAAUUUUAGGUCUUUUUGCUAACAAUACCCAUCUGUUUAUUCUGGGGGAAAAUUUUGUGAUAUCUUUGAGUAUAAACGGACCAGAACCAACGGAAUAAUGGCAUUUUGAUGUGAAUAUUAUUGUGAGCAUUAAAUGAUUGAUUUCUU